AUGGAUACUGUAGGCACUGUAGAAGAAAGAAGUGGAAACAACAUUUCCAAAUACUGCUGCAUAUUUUUGACAAUGUCCGUUUGUUUAGGAAUUUAUGGAUUUUUUAAUUUCCAAAAUGAAUAUACGAUUUAUGUGAAUGGCAAAAUUGUGAAUUUCACUGGAGUAGAAGACUUCAUUCCACCGUUCGUCAGCUAUGAUCCCCACAUUUUGGUGGCUCCGGAGAACAAAUUGAUCUCCUGUGCAAUUGCAAAGUCUAUGUCUCAAUUAACCGCUAGUAUUAUGUGUCUACUGUAUGAUGAGGACACUUUUCUUGCUCAGAACCUAAGUUUAAAUGAUGCUUGGAACACUAGCAGAGAAUGCCUUGAAGAAUACGCUUUUCAACAUCCAAGUCCACAACUUUUAAAUGAUCCGGACACAGUAAGAUUUGCAUUUAUAAGAGAUCCAAUUCAACGAUUCGUGUCCUUCUACCUGGAUAAGUGUGGCCACCUUGGCCAGUGUCUCGGCUGUAACAGUACGGACUUGAGAUGCUUCGUUCGUAAAACUUAUGAAAUGUUAAAAAAUAUUUCGGACCAUCGACAUGGAUUUGACUGGGAUGGGAAUGUGACGGCAGAGCACGCUGCACCAUUGUCAUGGAUGUGCAAUUUCGAUAAGGAUCUUGAAAAAUGGCAUUUGCUUAUGAUGGGAUCGGAUUUGGAAGAAAGAAAAUCGUCGAUUCUACAUUUAGGAAAUAUUUUAAAGCGACAAGGAUUCAACGAAACAUUGGUGGAGAAGAUUCAGAAGGAUAUGACGAUUGGAGAGACUCCCCAUGGCACACACAAAUCAUCGCAUCGACAAGAAGCUGAACGUCAAAUCCGCGAGGAUCCAUACAUUCGGGACCUUCUUCAUAAAAUUUACUUUUUUGAUUAUGUCGUUUUUCCAUUUAAGAGAGAUGUGUUAGAUGAAAAGUAUAAAACGAACUUCUGGAAAACUCCAGAAGUUUAG